AAAAGUGAAAACGAAUGGAUGAGUAAUAUUAAUGAUAGAAUUUAAAACUUUAUGUUGUGGCGUUAUUCAUACCUAUAAUACCGUAGUUUAAAAACGACAAGAACGCACGCAUUGUCCGGUUAUUUUGAUAUUGGCACCUGUUUCAAGCUCGCAAAUGUUACCGGGUUCUGUUUGUAACUAUAAACGUGUUGUUCGGUGUAAAAGUUACGGUGAAAAAAUAUUAGUUUUGUCAUGUUAUCAAAACGAGCUAAAGCUGUAGAAAAUUGUCCACUUUCAAUCACGCCUCGGUGAGUGAGUCUACAAAAUAAGCGGCGCUAUUUGGUUCACAUGAUGUGGAAACGUCAUCGCAACUAUAGUUCAUUCAUAACGAUGUAGUUCAAAUCGAUCGGUGUACAUAAUAUGAAAAGACCAGGAGGAAUACACCUUUGCAAUUUAGGAGUUUGCGUUUUAUUUUUAUUUUUUCUAUGAAGUUCCAAAACAUUUUCAGUCGAAGGUUAAUAAUUAACCUAAUUAGUCGAGCGGCUCCAUAACAUCCGCAGUUAAACAAACAGAACACCCAUCAUGGUCAUUGUAACAUUAAGAUAUUUUUGCAGACUUAGUGCCAAUUGUCAUUCAGGAUUACUAGUGGCCUAUGUUUUUACCACAAACCGUAUGCUUAACCUGUGAUAACCACCAGAAGAGCAGAUGAAAUCAUUUCUGGUGUUUGGGAGUUGACCAUUAACUUGUAAAGAUUACAAACAGUCCAGCUUUGUUAGCAACAGCAGCUGCUACACUGUGGAUCCUGAAGCAAAGUUCACCAACAGCACAGUCUGCUGAGGUCCUCUCUGAAUUGUACUCUAAAAUACACAGAUUUAUUAUUUUUUUUCCCCUACAUUUUCCGACAUGGGUAGAGCAAGUUAUGGAUACUACCGAGGGACUAUAUUUUUGGCCAUGUUUGUUGGCUACACACUCUACUACUUUAACAGAAAGACAUUUUCUUUUGUGAUGCCUUCACUGAUGCAGGAAAUUGAGUUGGACAAGGAUGACUUGGGCAUGAUAACAAGCAGUCAGUCUUUGGCCUACGCUAUCAGUAAGUUCAUCAGUGGAGUGCUGUCAGAUCAGAUCAGUGCCCGCUGGCUCUUCUCUAUUGGCUUGUUCGCGGUGGGAGGCAUUAAUGUGAUCUUCUCAUGGUCGUCCACUGUGGCCGUCUUCUCUGCCCUGUGGUUCCUCAACGGCUUGGGUCAGGGCCUUGGCUGGCCUCCCUGUGGCAGGAUUCUGCGCAAGUGGUUUGAGCCCUCCCAGUUUGGAACAUGGUGGGCAAUCCUCUCAUGCAGCAUGAAUCUGGCUGGCAGCUUGGGCCCUAUUAUCGCCACAGUGCUGGCCCAGAGUUACAGCUGGAGGACCAUCCUAUCUAUGUCUGGAUUGAUCUGUGUAGUGGUCUCUUUUGUUUGCCUGUUGGUUAUCAAGAAUGAACCCAAGGAUGUUGGGCUACCUAAUAUUGAAGUGGCAGCUAAAAAGAGCAAAGGAGUGUCUUCAAGUGAUAAGAGCACCCUAUCCGAAUUUCUGCUCUCUCCUUACCUGUGGCUCCUCUCUGUGUCGUACCUUGUGGUGUUUGGAGUGAAGACAGCAUGUACUGACUGGGGUCAGCUUUUUCUCAUUCAGGACAAGGGACAGUCUACACUGAUGGGUAGCUCAUACAUGAGUGCCCUGGAGUUUGGAGGUCUUCUAGGCAGCCUGGCAGCAGGCUAUCUCUCUGACAAAGCUGUGGCCAAACAAGGCAUGAAAAUCUAUGGCAAUCCUCGCCACUUUGUCCUGAUCCUCAUGAUGGCAGGAAUGUCCCUGUCCAUGUAUUUGUUUAGAGUCGCAGUCUCGCCAGACAGCCCAAAGGUGUGGAUACUCUGUCUAGGUGCAGCAUUCGGAUUCUCUUCCUAUGGACCAAUAGCCUUGUUUGGCGUUAUAGCCAAUGAGAGCGCUCCGUCCAACUACUGUGGGACGUCACAUGCAAUUGUGGCCCUAAUGGCUAACAUUGGUGGCUUCCUCUCCGGGCUUCCAUUUAGCACCAUCGCCAAACAUCAUGGCUGGGAAAUGGCCUUCUGGGUUGCAGAGAUUGUCUGUGGCAUCACUACUGUCAGCUUCUUCCUGCUGCGUAACAUCCGGACUAAGAUGGGCCAUGUGUCCAAGAAGUCAAACUGACGCAUCUUAAUUUCCCAUGAGAAGAUAAAUGUGAAUGUUUUUUUUCUCUUGAAACAUUUUGUACUCAUAACAUUAUUUUAUGCAUGUCACGUGAAUCUCUUAGUAGUUGGGACAGCUAUUUACCAAAAGCUGCAGCAUUCAAAUACUAGUAAUACUAAUAGUAUUUUCAACAAGAGAGUGAAAAAAAUUGCAGUGAAAACCCAAGUCAAGCACAAUUCUUUGAUCCUGGUCUGUUUGCUAGUUGUUGUCAUUUUUAAUUUUGCCUUAAACUUAAUACAACCAUUAACAGACCAUUUUAAAGAAUAUUUUGCCCACAUUUAGUUACUUUUGGGAUGUUAUACUGUACAUGUUCUACCAGAGAAACAUUUCUAAGAAGCUAAGUAUUAUGCCUUUACCUUUAGGGGUUGGAUUGUUUUUGUUUUGUUAUGUUAUUAAAAAGACAAAUAUUUCAGUGUUCUUAUGAGCUACCUUGUACACAAACACUUGAAAUAUUUCAGUUUAAUAGUAUUUACACAAUAUGUA